AGCGGUAGUAGAACUCGUAUAGUAUAUGGAGUGGUAUAGCAUAGUAUAGGCAGUAGCCCGGCCACGAAGAAACGGCCAUAUCCUGACUGUCCGUCAAAAAUAACGUCCGGGAAACCGGUGAAGUGGUGUAGUCAGGAGGGAGCAGAGGUGGGUGUUGAGCUGGGUUCAGAGACUGAAACAGAGGGGCAAGUGGAAAUCAGAGUUUGAUUCCAUUUCCAGUGUCCAUAUCGAUGGAUCCUCGUUUCCUUUAUUUUCUCUCACAUUGAUGAUUACUCCUGUUUGGUUAUUGUCCUUUUCUCCUUCCUCUUCUGUUCACUUCUCUUGUCUUGUGUACUCUUCUUAUCUGCCUUCUUUUCCCUGUUCCUGUCUACAAUCUACACUAGUACCCUGUACCACUCCCCCUCGUGACGUCCGUCCAUUAACAACAUUCCCGUUAUCAAUCCCACUCCCAUUAACUCCAUUCCCAUUCCAUACAUUACCAACAACAAAUGGACUAAAUCCCUCUCUCUUUCUUCUCUGUUUCUCCUCUUCGGAAAACAAACGCAAACACUUGCCUUUCAUUGACUUCCGUGGCGUCUCGUAGCCGUUUCACACACAAUACACGCUUAAGAAAACACAGUCGGACUCAGCCUACUCAGACUUGUUCAUAAAUCAGGCACACGGCGGUAUGUGAAACGAAUCACACUUGGAAAAGUGUGGAGAUCUAAGCUAGACUAGCAGUAGGAGGUGUAGGGGAAAAACUGAUUUGCGUCGUGCAAGAAAGAGGGGAUAUUGGUCGCCUUGUCAGUUUGGAUAUCCUAAAUCUGCUCUGCAGCAGCAGCCAGCAGGAGAAAUAGGGAAUGUUGGGGUUUGCGGCUUCCCUGUUAAUGCACUGGCAUUGUCCAAAUGUGAAUGCGUAUUGUAUGCCAAAACACCAGUCAUUGUAGUGUAUAAUGCCCAGCAAACAUUUGUCGUGACUGGAGUUUGGUCCAAGCAGGGCCCAAAAGAUGUUUUCUUUUUCGCUUACAAUCAUCCCCUACAAAGUUUCCUUCUUUCUCAUUAGUGAUUAGACCCCAUCCAUGUCUCGCAACAAAAAAUUACUUUUUCUUACCGUACACUAACUGCUUUAAUUAUUCACUUUGAUCUGAUUGUUUUCGUCUUCAAUUCUACAUUUGCCUAACCUCUAGUGCUCGUAGUGUUCUAUCAAAUUUAUCCAUUUGCGGGUCUUGCGUUACUUGCAAUUAGAAAUUGCGUAACUAAGGAAGUCAUUCCAUUUUCUGACGGAGGUAAAUUUGAUUCUUUUCUUGAAGCAGAGGAGGUUUGUCAACUUUUAACUGGCCAGUAACUAGUUGGUAACUAAGGAGCAGACUCUCGUUUUUAUAAAGAAUUAGACUACUUUCAAAAUGCUUUCGUAUGAGCAAGAUCCUGAUGUUGUUCGGUGGGGUCUUCAGCUAUUUGACGGUGAUCCAUACUCUAACUGUGGCUAUUGUAGCACUAUCCCUCAAAAUAACACAGGAUGCUAUGAAAAUCACUAUGGUUCAGUAUUUAGUAACGUAGAGGAAAAUGAGCUGGCUGCAAACUCACUUGAACAACAAUUUUCUUAUUUUACACUUACCGACCAGCCACAAGAUUUCCUCCAAGGAGUGGAAAAUGCACAGACAUCUUGUUAUCAACAACAGUGGUUCAAUCAGUCUAUGGAAAACUACCCAUUCGAUGAGAAUGGUAAUGAAGAGGAAACAGACUUGGUAACUUCCAGUGCAUAUCCUACUCCUGGAGGAGAGUCAUAUUCUGGUGAAUGGUCAUACUCAACGGAACUCAUGGAUGAGAAUGCUCUGGAUGGUGAAUUAGGCAGAAGGUUGAACCAAAUGGUUCCAAUUCCUCACAUCCCUAGAAUUAAUGGAGAUAUACCAUCUCUCGACGAAGCAACUUUAGAUCAUCAAAGGCUUCUGGAAAGAUUGCAGGUUUACCAGCUGGUAGAGUGUAAAAUUCAAGGUGAUGGUAAUUGCCAGUUUCGAGCUCUAUCAGAUCAAUUUUACCGAACUCCUGAGCAUCAUGAGUUUGUGAGACAAGAAGUUGUGGACCAGCUGAAGUCAUGCCCAGAGACUUAUGAAGGAUAUGUUCCUAUGGCUUACGAUGAUUAUUUGGAGAAGAUGUCCAAGAAUGGUGAGUGGGGUGAUCAUGUGACUUUACAAGCUGCUGCAGAUUCGUAUGGUGUAAAAAUAUUUGUCAUAACUUCGUUCAAGGACACCUGUUACAUUGAGAUACUACCCAGCAUUCAAAAAUCUGAACGAGUUAUAUUCUUGAGCUUCUGGGCUGAGGUUCACUACAACUCGAUAUACCCUGAAGGAGAUUUAACCACAUUUGGGACUAAGAGAAAGAAGAGGCGAUCAUUUCCUCGCCAGGAGCAUUUCGAAACACCAGAUGAUUGCAGUUGAGAAAAUAUGAUUCGAGAUAUAGCAGCUGUCUUGCACCUGCAAAACCUGCCGUGCUGCCAUGCCGAACUCUUUAUCAUUGUCAAUUCGUGCCAGACAAAGCAAGCAUGAUAUCAAUUGUAUCGAUUCAUAAAUGUAAAGAUUUCUGUUCUUUGCAACACUGGUGCGCCAAUAAUGUUUCCCAUGUGAACAGGCACGUCUUCUUGAUAAUUGGCAGAAUGUUGUCUUCAUCUAAUCUCAAUUUUGUUAAUAUGGAUAGAAUCCUGUAUUCCUGUUCUUCAUACUGGAUGCUUUGUUGCGCAAUAUUUUCAGGUUCAGUUUAACAACAA